AUGGCGACCAAGAAUAUCAACAAGGCAAUAGCCCACGAGAAGCGCAUAGGGGAGGCAGCCCUCAGCGACUUUGCCGAAUACGUCGAGCAGCAGCAGUCGCUGCGCUACCCUAGCACCAAGCCCGCUGCCGACGGCGCUGCGAAGCCCGCCGCGGGCUCGAAUGACGAACACCAGCAUGCCGAGCUUGACGAGCUCUUCGACAACCUGGACCUCGGCGAUGCGACGGGGCCGAGUGUCAGGCUCAAGGACAUGCUUCUCGGAGCCGACGGAGAGACGUUGAAGCAGCUCAGCAAGAACCUGGCCGAGAGGAUAGACGAGGGCCAUGGCGAGACUGUGUUCGACCUCGGCUUUGAGAACAAUGGCGACUCGUUGGGUCUUGAUCUCGACCAGUGGCAUACCGCGUACAAGAGGUUAGAUGAAGCAGCUCAGCUGGUCCAUGCCAACUGCCAGCUGCUGCUCACGAAGAAUGUGGGUGGAGAAGUGGAAGCUCCGAGCGCCAAGUCGAGCAAAGACAAGGACUGCUCCGGCAAGGUCAUGAUUCGGCAGAAGCCAAACACAGUGGAGGACGUGAUCGAAACCAGGAUAGCAGUCGUGGGCAAUGUCGAUGCUGGAAAGAGUUCGCUGCUUGGUGUCCUCGUAAAGGGUGACCUUGACGACGGGCGGGGGAAAGCUCGAGUCAACCUCUUCCGCCACAAGCACGAAAUCGAGUCCGGGAGGACCAGUUCCGUCGGCAUGGAGAUUUUGGGCUUUGACACCGCCGGUCAGGUCGUUGUCUCUGAUGUGCCUGGACGUAAACUCUCAUGGGAGGAGAUUGGCAAGCGCAGCUCCAAGGUCAUCACCUUCACUGACUUGGCAGGCCACGAAAAGUAUCUACGCACCACGGUCUUUGGUCUAUUGUCCAGCAGCCCCAAUUACUGCCUGCUCAUGGUCGCGGCGAACAACGGUCUCAUUGGUAUGAGCAAGGAGCACCUUGGCAUCGCGCUAGCCCUCAAUGUCCCCGUCAUGGUUGUCAUCACAAAGGUCGACAUUUGUCCGCCCCAGAUUCUCGAGCAGACCAUCGGUCAGAUUACCAAAAUCUUGAAGAGUCCAGGCGCCAAAAAGAUUCCCAUCUUCAUCAAGGAUCGCGAAGAAUGCAUCAACACAGCCACGCAGUUCAUCAGCCAGAGAAUCUGCCCGGUAUUCCAGGUGUCGAACGUCACAGGCGCUAAUCUCGAUCUUGUGAGGACGUUCUUGAAUAUCCUUCCCCACCACGGCCGAUAUGACUCGGAGGCUCCCUUUGAGUUCCACAUCAACGACACCUUCUCUGUUCCCUUUGUCGGCACGGUUGUGUCCGGCAUCGUCAAGUCUGGUGUGAUCCACGCCGGUGACAACAUUCUUAUCGGCCCCGACUCUCUUGGCCAGUUCAUGACGACCAGCAUCCGUUCGAUCGAAAGGAAGCGCUUGGGCGUCCCCGCGGCAUCUGCUGGCCAGUCUGCGUCCUUCGCGCUGAAGAAGAUUCGCCGCAAGGAUGUCCGCAAGGGCAUGGUCGUGCUGCCGAAGCUCGAGGGACAGCCUAACCCUAAGGUGCAUAAGGAGUUCAUCGCUGAGGUGCUGAUCCUGUCCCACGCAACCACCAUUCGCACACGGUAUCAGGCCAUGCUUCAUGUCGGACCCGUCUCGCAGACGUGCGCCAUCAUCGACGUUGAUCGUCCGUACAUCCGAACCGGCGACCGCGCCACCGUGGCCUUCCGCUUCAUGCAGCGUCCUGAGUACCUCGCCCCAGGGGACCGCCUGCUCUUCCGUGAGGGCCGCACAAAGGGACUCGGCAUCGUCAAGGCCGUCGGCUACGAUCCCAAGAAGCCGCUCUCGCCCCACGGGCCCGAUGACGGACCAGCGCCAGGCGAAGGCAACGGGCAGGCGGGCCAGCCCGCCGUUGGACAAGAGGUCCAUGUAGGAGCGUGA